AUGCGUCCUCAUCAUGCUCUCGUGUCUUCUCUCUUCGCGGCGGUGCCGGCGGCAUCAUUGAGCACCUCAAAUGCAAGCCCAGAGGCACAUCCAUUACUGCAUACAUCAUUUCCUGCAAUAGAAUAUAUUUCUGUGCAGAAUGCAAAUUAUAUCUUCAAUGCAAUCCAUUCCUCCAUGCGCCAAUGGGGUUCAUCCCUCUACCACAACGGCAUGUCCUUCUUCUUAGCCUCCGUGCCAAAAGGCACACAGCUGUACCAUGGCACCCAUCUACCAGAUCCCGUUAACGGUACUGAGUGGUUGGCAUUCGAGCCAGAGCAUGCCCUGCUAUUCGCAAGGCCUUGGGGGCCAUAUCCCUGGAAGCCCGGAGAUCAUGGUCGAGGACCGAAUGAUGAGCGGCCGCAGAAGCCUUUGGUACCUUUCUUUUACAAUGAGAGGCACCAGCGAGAAUCCCUUGAUGACCACGGUUCGGGUUGGCUCCAUACUUACAGCGCCGCUAAGGAUUUACGACUGGUAUACAUUGACGGAAUGUCUGCGGGGAAAACGCCAAACGGGACUCUAGACUCUCAGGAACGGAUUCUAUUGAACAACACCCAAUGGAAACAUCCCGGUUUCAACGAAAUGGAUCGCGCGAGGGCUAUCUGUCGCAUCGCCCGCGAGGACUGGGAGGACCGGAUUGAUGGUGUGAUCCGCAAUGGAGGCCGGGUUUGA